UCAUUCUACAAUUUAAGAGUGCCCUCUGUAGUUUGUUUCCCUUCUUUCUUUCCACGCACACUCACACUAAAUGGCAAUUUCUGUUGCUUUAAUUUUGGGUCUAUGUUUAGCAAUGAACAUGGCCCUGCCGACAGGUGCAGCUACCCACACGGUGGGAGACACCUCAGGUUGGGCACUCGGUGUUGAUUACAGCACAUGGGCUAGUGGCUUGAAAUUUAAAGUUGGUGAUAGUCUUGUUUUCAAUUAUGGGACUGGUCACACGGUGGACGAAGUAAAAGAAAGCGAUUACAAGAGUUGCACAAUGGGCAAUUCACUGAGCACAGACAGCAGCGGCGCCACCACAAUCACCCUCAAGACCGCCGGCACUCACUACUUCAUGUGUGCUGCUCCUGGCCAUUGUGACGGUGGCAUGAAGCUUGCUGUUAAGGUAAAGGCUAAAAAUGCCUCUGCUUCUGCUGCAGCACCUUCACCUGCAAAGGAAUCACCUUCAGAAUCUGAUGAUGCCAAAGACACACCCACUACUCCUACCUCCACCACCAAUCCUAAAACUUCAACAUCCACCACCCCUUCAACUGAAACCUCCACUACUACUACAUCUUCUUAUACGUCAUCAGCAAUUGGCGGCUCACCGAUUGUUGCUAUGUUUGUUGUUUCUUGGAUCUCAUACUUGUUGCUUAUGAUGUGAACUUGAGAGGAGUCAGGACAUAGGUGCUUAAUUUCGGGGUUUCUUUGGUUUUCAAUUUUAUUCUGUUUUCUUCUUUGAUUCAAUUGAUCAAUUCAGAUUUUUGCUAUGAGUACUAUGAGUGAUAUUUAUUUAA